AUGAAGCCAUUCCAAGGUAUUUCAUUUUGCCCUACUGGGUUUACCGAUGAAGAUUUAUUAAGAUCUAUAUCUAAAAAAAUUAUCAAACUAGGUGGCACUUAUUCUAAAGAUUUAACAAAUUCGGUAAAUGUAAUAGUUAUAGGUCAUUCUCAUUUAACUCAUAAAUACAAAUAUUCUGUGAAAAAUAGAUAUGAUAUUAUUUUCUUAUAUUAUAAAUCAAUUUUAAAAAUUUAUGAUUUAUGGCUAUCUGGUGAAGAUGUGACUUGUUCAAGUCAUUCGAAAUUUAUGCAUUUGAAAAACAACAACUUAGAAAGAAUGUUACUCGUAUUGAAAAUAAAUUACACCGCUUCUCCGUUGCACAAUUAUCAACUAUUCAUAGGAAGAAUUUCAAAUUCAAAUUUUAAUAUCGAUGAUUUAGUCAAGAAAUGUGAAAAAUUAGGUGUUUCCUAUUGUAACUCAACUAAUUUUAUAAUGAAUUUUAGCGUCACUAAAAAUAAACCUGUAUUAUUUAUAACAGAUACUUUAAAUGGAGCAAGAGUUGAUGCUGCAAGAGAGAAAAAUUUACCAGUUGUACAUUUUAAAUGGAUAUUAGAUUGUGAAAGGAGAAACGCAACAUUAGACUAUGAUCCUUAUUAUCUUUUAGAAAACAAUACAAAUACACCAUUUGAGAAAAUUGGAUUAGAAUCUUGCGAUUGUUGGGAUAAAUUACAAAUCGAUAUGACAGACGAUAUAACAACAAUAAAUUCAUCAUCAGUAUCUAUUUCAAAUAUAGAUCAUAGCAAUGAAACAUCAAAGCAAAACUCAAAUCUACUAUCAAAAUUCAAACCCCGUGGUAAUAAGUUAUGGGAAAGAGUAAUGAAUAAUGAUAGUACAAAAACAAAAAAUAUCAUCACUGCGGUAAAUUUAGAUUCUACUGAUAUAGAUACUGAAUCGAAUUUACAAAACAAAGAAUUAUUACACCAAUUAAUAUUUACAGAUUGUCGAUUUAAAAUAAUAAAAGAUUUCCCAUUAAAGCACUCACAAAUAUUAGAAAAAAUUAUAAUCCAAAAUGGUGGUACUAUGGAUGAUAUUGAUUCGAAAUAUAAAUUUAUCAUUGUACCAUCAAACGUCCCGUUAUAUAAAUUAAAUAUUGAAAAAGGGGACGAAUCUUUCACUCAGAUUACAGAAUUCUUCAUUGAACGAUGUCUGCAUUAUAAGAAAUUUCUAUUUCCAGUAGAUUCUUGGUCAAAACCAUUUUAUCAUACCGAUAACUUUAGAAUUAAACCAAAUCCAAAAUUAUUACAUGAAGCUCAAGAAUCAAACAGCGACAACCCUAAAUUGAACGUUUCUAUUACAGGUUUUCAUGGUGUUGAAUUAUUGCAUUUAUUAAAGAUAUUAGAUGUUUUAAAACAAUUUGGAAUAAACUAUAAUAAAUUUUUAAAUAAUUCAACAGAUUUAUUAAUUAUAAAUUUGUCAUCAUUAGCAAGUAUUCCAAAAGAUAAUAAAUUAUGGCAAAAUGAAUUUAGCGAUCUGUUUUAUGAGCAAUUAAAUUCAAAUAUUAGCACAAGUAACAAUCAAGUCUUCAGAAAUUCCAUGAAGAGGAAAAUUGAAUUUGUUAAGACGACACACCAAAUUCCAGUAGUAACACCAGUUUUUCUCAUGAAUAUAUUCAAACUAACUAAAAGACUAACCGAGACAGAUAAAGAACUAAUCCAUUUCAAUAAUAUAAGUUGGUGCAUUCUUUGUCCAAGAGGUAGGAAAGAAGAUUACACUUGUCAAAUAAAGCAUAUUCCAAUCAAGAACUCGAUAAGUUCAAACAUAAACAAAGCUGAACAUAUAAGAGAUUUAUUCAAGAUGGAAAAUAUACAAUCCCAAAAAAGAAAGCCACCGACGAGGAAGAUUCCUAAUGAAUUAAAUAUUUCUAAUUCCAUUUUGCCAAGCGAUAAUAGAGAGAAGAAUGUUAUAAAUCAGGAUUCAGAUAUUAAGAAUAAUGAUAAAUUCGAUUCAGAAAACCAAUUCAAGAAAAGGAAGAUACAUUCUGGAAAUGUAAUCAAACCUGUGGGAAGAACAUCAAGUUGGGGGAAAUUGAUGUCUGAAGAAGUUUUAUUUCCUGCUUCUGAGUCAAAUCAAGAUGCUGACACUUUGAGUCUUGAUAGUACAAAAUAUUUUGAUGUACCUGGUACAGAGGCCAAUUUAAAUUAUACCCAGGUUACUUACGGUAAAUCUAAUUCGUCUGAGAUUCAUCAACGACCAAUAAGAAAACUGACAAGAAAACAGAUGCGAGAAAUUGACAAGAAGUAA